GGCUAGGAAGGAAGAAGAGAAAGUGGGGCUCUCCCACCGUCCACCUCCACGUCCGCCUGUCCGCUGCUCUCUCGUCGUUUUCUGCACGUUUGCUCUCUCCACCUCAGCGCCAUCAGCCAACCUUCCGCCCGCCCACUUCGGUGUUCCUUCUCUAUCCGAUGCCUCCUGCUCGAUCCUUCCUUCCCCAUCCAUCUCCGGCACCUCCAAACCAGUUCCGCCGGUCCUUCUCCAUCAGGGUCUUUCCCAUUCCCCCACGCGCAGUGGAGUCGCUUCAUUCCCUUCUCUCUCUCCCGCACUCCCCCACCUCCAACUGGGGAGUGGAGCCUCCGCCGACUCUCGCCUUCCACACCCCCCUGCCUCCAAACUCCAGCAGCUUUUAGCGUGCUCGCCUGAACUGCAAAGCAGGGAAUGGGAUCCCGACGGUGCCGAACUCCUCUUGGUGUUUGGAAGCCCGAAGAAGGCGUCCGGGGCACUCUAAAGAUCCUAUGAGUGACAUCAAAUUCUCAGCCAAAUCCAUAUUCUUCCACACCUUCCUAUUGCCAUCCCUUAUCAACAGUGAGGCAAUUUUUUACCUCUGGGUGAGGGACCAUUCUCUUUGCUAUCUCAGCAGAAGCAAGGAUGCAGCAUGAGAUUUGAUGGGACCUGAGAAGUCCCAUCUUUCAGACACAUGAACAGCAAAGAAUCACAAGUGCCUGUGAGAGACACGACAACAAAAAGACGGCCAUUGCAACACAGGCUGGCUUGCAUCACCAAAUAUCCAAGCAAGACCCCACUCUGGGGGGUCAUGAAUAAAGCCCAGAAUCUGCUUGACUGUGGCCGAAGGAAGGCUUGAACCACAGUCCACGAUCCAGGAACCGUUGCCACCUGCAUCCCAGAAAGUAUGGCGGGACGAAGUCAUUCCCAGGCUGGCUACCACUGCACAACUUGCCCACUGCAUGAAAACUCAUAGGGAACUGCUAGCUCAACCCCGCUACUCUGUCUCUGCCUUACAUCCGGACGUCCACUACAAUAAAGAUUUGAGAGAGAAGCUGAAGCUUAGAGCCUGGAGGUUCCCCUUGACUAUGAGCAACCAGAAGAGUGAAAUCCAAGCAAAUUUUCGUGGUUGGCCCAAUCUGCCGCACGACCCCACCUUUCAUGCUGGGCCUCAGCCAUUCAGAUUGGCUGCUCAUCACACAGAUGGAGCAUCCAAGUUGAUGGUAGCCACUACGCAGAACAACGAACUCGCUGGAAGACCCUUCUACAUCUGUGACAAGGCAGUGUUCCGGCUUAACGAACCCUAUUUAUCUACCACUGCCCAGGACUUCCGAAUCUUCACACAGAAAGAGCUUCAAGGAUAUACUCAGAAGGAACUUCUCAAUUUGGAUCCUUACCCUCUGAUUCGUGUACCUGGGCCUAUGCGGGAUCUCCAGAUGUUUCCAAAGGCUACGCGGGUGCCCCACCUGAUCCUGAACCCAGCUGUACCUCAUCGAGGUUUAUUCAGCCUGGCCCAAGAAACCUACCAACUUCCCAAUGACCAUAAGCGUACUUGGGACCGUUUCUGCCCUGUGCAGCGGCCACCCACAGUUUCCUGCCGGGUACCUGUGGUGGAAAUUAUGUGUGUGCCACACAUGUAUGAGACAGAGUAUAAAUGCUAUGGAAGUGGCAAACCUAUGCCAGUGUGAGAUGGAUAGAGAUUUGCACUCUCUCACUAUUCCCUUUCUCUUACUUCAUCCAAAAAGAAAUAUAUAUAUAUCUCACCAUGUUUACCUUUUGAUCAUUUUGUUGAUAUAACAAAAACUCUAGAUACAUUCAACAAAUGGAAUGUUUUGACUUAUACUUUGCCAUAUACUGUCCUAGCAUUUUAGCCUCAGAAAACUGUGAUCAAACUAGAUCAAACAUAAAAAGGUGCCAUACUGUGCACUCACUUGAAGAAUAAUAAGUCCACAGAAGUAAACAAACCAGUUCAGGAUUAAUGUGCAAGAAUUGAUUCUUGCAUUAUGGUAUAUAAAGGAAAUAGAACCAUAUCCACAGGGGACUUCUGGAGUGAGAUUAAUCUGCCCUUCUUGUCUUCUUAUAAAGUAGAUUAAUCUCACUCCAUACAUAACAACACCAGAACUACAGGUAGUCCUCAAUUUAAGACCUGUUGCUUAGCAACCAUUUGAUGUUACAACUGACUUUCAUGGCGAUACUUAUAAUCUGAUUCCAAAGUUCUAAUGGCCAGGCCAUUGACUGCAUUUGGGUGUUCAGAAGCUGGCCCACAUCUACAGCUAUAUCCUGCAGUCAUGGGAACAUGUGAGAUUUUUCUAAAAACUAGUGUUUCUACUUUUUGGCAAAAAAAAACACCCCAUUGUUUGCUUAACGACCAUAGUGUUUACUUAACUGGAGCAAAAAAAGUCAUAAAUUUGAAUCAGUUAUGUGGGUUUUGAUUUUGAUUCUCACAAUUUAUCACCCUAGUGGGCAAGCUCCAUUAAGGUCAUAAGUCAAGGACUAUUGUACAAUGAUACUGAAGUCCAAAACAAAACAAAGUCAUAAGGGAAUAGCAAUUAAGAACUAACAGUUUGCUAGGCCUAACUUCAGGAUUGAUAGCCAUAGAGAUUUGCUUCAGUUAUCCACAAAACAAGCCCCCACUGUAUUGGCUCUUUGCUAUACAGUUCACUGUGUCUCAAAUAUGGAUAGGUCCUCAGGCAGCAAACAGGUUUGCUACAUCAUGCCUGCUUCAGAUCCCAUUUUGUAUAGCCUGAACCAUGAAAUAUAUUGCUGUACUAGAGUGUGCUAAUUUUGGCUUGAUGUGUUAUGUAAAAUCCCCCAAUUAUUUAAAUAAUGUUUAAGCAAAUCAUGACAUAAUGCAAUUGUUUGAACCUAACCCAAAUGUGAAAGAUAGAACAAAUAUAAUUUUCACAUUUAUAUUCUAUGUUUCUGGUUUAUAUGAGAUUUUCCUAUUUUCUCUUCAUAUCAACUGGAAAGUUGGUUAGCUAGAGAGACAGUGACUUGGAUUGCUUAAGUAACAAUUGCACAUCUGAAGAAAGAAGCAUGGAUUGUAUUGUUCUAAGCAGAUGUUCUAGCCAGUUCUAUAUUUGGAUACAAGGCCCAGAACAGAUGCUAUAUAGCAGUGAUAAUGAACCUUUUUGACAUUGCGUGCCAAAAACGGGGGGAGUGCAGGGGGGGUUGCGCGUCUGCGUGCCCACACCCAUAAUUCUAUGCGCCCCAACCCCGUGCAUGCGCCAACCCCCCCACUCCCCCCACUUUUGGUAAGGUGGGCCGGAUAAGCCCAUUUUUGCUCUCCCCAGGCUCCAGAGCCUUUCAAGGAGCCUGGGGCGGGGCACAAAAUGGCCUUUCCCACACACCCCCGGAGGCCGGAAAUGGUGGGACUGGAAGUUGGCAAACGGGCCAUUUCUGGCCUCCAAAGGGCCUCUGUGGGGUGGAGAAGGCCAUUUUCUCCCUCCCAAGGCUCCUAGAAAGGCUUUGCAGCCUGGGGAGAGUAAAAAUGGGCCUUCCGGUCCCACCAGAAGUUGACAAACGGGCUGUUUCCAGCCUCCAGAGGGUAUCUGGGGACGAGGAGGCCAUUUUUGUUCCCCUAGGCUCCUAGAAAGGCUUUGGAGCCUGGGGAGAGCAAAAAACGGGCCUUCCCCAGUCCUCCUGACUCUCCGAAGGUAGGAAACAGCCUGUUUCCAUACUGCCAGGUGGCCCAGAAAGCCCAAAAAUCAGCUGGGCAUGCUGGAGCUGAGCUCACACGCCCACCAAGAUGGCACACAUGCCAUAGGUUCGCCAUCAUGGCAUAUAGGGUUCUCAGCAGGAGUGAGCUACCAAUGGCUGUUAAGAUGACAUUUAUCUUCAGCCCCCUUGUCAAUAAGUAGCAGCUGGAAGCCCACAUAGCCUGGGGUUAGAAUUUUGGAUUGAUAAUGAGCAUUUGCUGAUUCAGAUCCAUUGCUAAAUGAUGGUCGCAAGGUGACUAUCCUCUAAAAUUGUAUACAUUUUAUACAAUUGUGGUAUGAAUAAUAUGUGAGAGACAGAAGCAGUGUUUAGGAUGUGAGCUUCUAGAAGGGAGAUGGCAUAUCAAUGUGCAGUUUAGUCCUUGAUUUACAACCACAAUUGGGAACAUAAUUUCUAUCGCUAAUGGAUGCAGUUCUUGAGUCAUGGUUAUUUUGUGACCUUUUUUGAUGCAGUUGUUAAGUGAAUCAUGGUGACCGUUAAGGGAAUCACAUGGUUGUUAAGGGAAUUUGGCUUACCUCACUGAUUUUGCUUGUCAGAAGCCAUCCAGGGAGGUCACAAAUUGUGAUCACAUGACUCCAAAAUGCAAUAAUCAUUGUAAAUACAUGUUUUCCAAGUGCCCUAAUUUUGAUCAUGUAAUAGAUACUAUAGUAAAUGAGGGUAUGGCUCCUAAGUUACUUUUUUCAGUGUUGCCAUAUAUAGUUGUAAGUUGAGGGCUAUCUGUUAUUACAUAAACUAGUUACUGCAUUUCUGUCUCUUGAUGACAGAGAAACAAUGACAUGGGCAGGCAAAAAGAGCAAUGAGACUAUCAGCGACUUCCAAUUUCUUGCUGAUUUGGGCAAAUCUGACCACUUUUUGGCAGCCAGUGAUGGACCAGUCUAUCCUGACUCUGGAGGUCUAGGGCAGGAUUGAUUUAUCUGCUCUCCAGAAGCUGAAUUUACCUGCCUCUGGAGGGCUAGAUAACUAUUGUAUUUUUUGGACUAUAAGACCCACUUUUUCUCUCCCAAAAGGUGAAAAUGUCAGUGUGUCUUAUAGACUGAAUAUUGCUGGAGCCCCGCCCACAUAUCGGCCAUU